UAUGUUGAGCUAAGUACAAAAGUGCGCAUCUCUUAUACAUGUCUUUCAUUGACGGCUUUAAGUGGCCUCUUUAUGACCCAAUAUUUAAGUGCAACGGAAGAUUUACCGGUUAAUAUUUACAAUCCCAUCGAAUUGAAUAGACAUUGGAAAUACAAUAUAAUGUACAUCUAUGAAUGUUUAUCCUUGGCAGUCUUGUGUUUGGUUAAUGUAGCAUUCGACUCAUUAUCGACAUCAUUGUUUAUACAUAUCAAAUGUCAAUUGGAUAUGUUGGGACAUCGUUUGGAAAAUAUCGGGAAAAACUCAAAUUGUUCCCAGGAUUUUGUAUGCCAACAAUUAAAAGAUUGUGUACGUUAUUAUAAUCGUAUUUUAAUGCUGUCGCAUGAUAUUGAGAACUUGGUCAGUGUACCGAUUUCAUUGCAAAUCGCCUGUUCUGUAUUUGUAUUGAUUGCUAAUUUUUAUGCCAUGUCAUUGCUUUCUGAUCCUGAAGAACUGGCUAAUUUUAUAAAAUUCGCUCUCUAUCAGAGUUGUAUGUUGACACAAAUAUUUAUGUUGUGCUAUUCGGCGAAUGAGAUUUCUUUAAAAAGUUCUGAAUUAUCUCUCAAUCUAUAUAUGUCAGAUUGGUAUAAUUGGAAUAAGAUAAAUAGAAAACUGGUCUUGCUUAUGAUGAUACGUUUCGACGAACCGAUACGUAUUAAUACCAUAAAUCGUUGUUAUUCAUUUAAUUUGCCUUUAUUUGUUUCGAUAGUAAAUUCAUCGUAUAGCUAUUUUGCUCUUCUUAAUCGUAUUAAUGGUUAAAGCCCGAGAUGAAUGGAAAACACUUAAUAUAAUUUGUAGUAA